AUGAACACAACCUUCGAACCAACUCUCUCCCUCCGCCCCCCCCUCACCUCCGCCCUCGCCCCCUCCAUGGCCGACUCCCUCCCCCCCAUCAACUUCGGCUUCGACGAGCUGCGCACGCGCAUGUCCCAAUUCACCCAGCGCUUCGACGCCUUCAUCGAAACCGGCCGCAAGCGCGUCCUAGAAGAACGCAACCAAUUCCGCUCCACCGUCGCCGAAGCGCACGAAGACCGUCGCAUGCGCAAAAAGGACAUCGAGAUUCUGCAACUCAAAGCCGCAGGACACGCACAGGCGCUGCAGAAGGAGGAGGCGGAGGCGAAGGAGAUGGAAGGUGCGGUGGCGAGGUUGGAGAGGCAGAGGGAGGCGAAGGUUAGGGAGAGGGAGGGGCUGGUGGGGGAGAUCGAGAGGGUGGAGGCGAUGAUAAGGGAGAGGAGGGAGGGGCAGAUGGAGUAUGCGGAGAGGAUUGCUGGGAUGGCGGUGCAUGAUAUUCCGGAGCUUGAUUUCUGGACGAGUAAUUUGGGGUUGAGGAUUGAGGGGGCGGGAAUGAGUGAUAGGCUUAAGUUUGUGUUUACGUGUGUGGAUGAGAGGGAUUGGGAGAGGGAGGCGUGGUUUGAGCUGUGUACGGAGAGGAGGGAUUAUGAGGUUGGGGGGUGCUUUCCGGUGGUGGAUAGGGAGAGGGUCGAGGCGGUGGUGGAGAGGUUGAAUGAGAAUAGGGAGUUGGGGGGGUUGUUGAAGGGGAUGAGGGAGUUGUUUGUUGAGGCUAUGAAGGCGUGAGGGAGAGGGUGAGACGGGGUUGUGUGGUUCUACGGUCUUGUGGUGUUUCUUUGAGUAUAAUAUGAAUAGGACGGAGUUGUAGCCAUAGGAAUGGCGUAAAUUGAACACGCUGGAUGAAGGCAUUUGCAUUC